UCAAGAAUCUGCAAAGCUAGCUGUUAGUACUUCAAUUUUCAGUUAACAGAUAAAAAAACCUUCACUCUCCAUAGCAAGCACUAACCAAAGAAACACUUACCAAGAUAUGUCUACUUCUACUCGUGGCCUCAUCAUAUCUCUCAUGAUUUUGUCCAUUUUUUCACCCAAUGUGAAUGAGGUAAAUGGAGCUGCAGAUACCAUGCAAAUGAUGAUGAUGAAUGAAGGCAGGAGGAAAUUGGGUGCUUUCCAGAUAUGUGCAAUGUGCACUUGCUGUGGUGGUGCCAAAGGGUUGUGCUUGGCCUCUCCUUGUUGCUAUGUCUUCACAUGUAACCUUCCAAAUAAGCCUUUUGGCUUUUGUUCCUUCAUCCCUAAGACCUGUAAUUGCUUUGGUUGCCAUCAUUAGUUGUUUUCAACUUCCUAAUGUCAAUUCAAGAAUUGUUUAUCUUUUCAGGUGUUACGUUUGUGAUUAAAUCACUAUAAUUAAAAAAAUUGAUAGUUGUAUUAAGUUUGUUAGCAAUUGAUAUUAUUUUACAAGUUUAAUUUUU